AUGACUGACAUCCAAAAAUCUAUUUUAUACAUUUUCAGAAAUAUAUUUAAUAUUGUAACCUAUAUAUAUAUUAGUUAUGGUAAUUUAAUUGUUUUUUUAUUAUUAAAUAAUUGUUUUUUAUUUUUUUAUUUAUUAUUUAUUUAUUUAUUAUUUAUUUAUUUAUUUAUUUAUUUAUUUAUUUAUUUAUUUAUUUAUUUAUUUAUUUAUUUAUUUUUACAACAAUGA